AUGCCACAGAAAAGCGCCUCCUUCAAAAGAGGUAAGGUUAAGGCUAAAUCUCAAAGCAAAACAUCCACAGAUGAACCAGCAGUGAAAAAGAAGAAAGUGAUUAAGGAUGAAAACUUCCCAAGAGGUGGGGGUGUCUGGAAGAUCCAGGACAGUUCUGACCAGUCAUCAUCACAGAAUAUUGCUAAUCCAGAUGCUGAACUUUUUAAGGAAGUUGAUGAGCAACACAAGUCAUUACAGUCAAGAAGAAAAAAGAAGGAAGAGGCCAAGAAAUCAAAGGCUCAACAAAAACCUAGGGUGCCCAUAUUGGUAGAUAAUCAACCAGAGCCACACCUUCUUACUAGACAGAUUCUUGCCCCAGGAAUGCUAGUCCUAGGAUGUGUCAAAGAGGUUCAUGAAUACAACCUGAUCAUCAGUUUACCCAACAAUCUCUCUGGCACUGUGGCCUUGACCCAGAUCAGCCCCGCCUACACCCAACAGCUCCAGAGGUUGACCCAGUUGUCUGAGGAGGAUGUUGCAAAUGAGGAAACAGAUGUAGCAGACCUACACACAUUAUUUAAAGUUGGUACAAUUGUGCCAUGUAAAGUCUUGUCUGUACAGACUACAAAACAGUCUGGGGUCAAAAUCAAUCUGAGCCUUAAUCCAGCGGACAUAAAUAGAGAUCUGACCUCAGAGAGCCUGCACAAUGGAAUGUCCAUAUUUGGAAGCAUUUCGAGUGUAGAAGACCGGGGUUAUGUGGUGGAUCUAGGAAUCAGAGGAGUGAAAACAUUCAUGAAGAGUUUGGAUGCGGAGAAAUUUAUACAGCUUCACAAUGAGGGUUACUCACUGAAGGUUGGUCAGCCUGUUUAUUGUGGGCUGAAGCUGGGGGAGGAUCGAAUGGAGCGGGUAGCAGGAGAUACAAGAACAGUCAAUGUCAUGAUAGACCCUGUAGAGGUUUCUGUCUCACAGUUGAAAGGAGAAAUGGAUGUUAAAUUCAAUAACUUGGUGCCUGGAAUGAGGGUUGCUGCAAGAGUUACAAAGGUUUGUGAUAAUGGAGGGGUUGUGGUGAAAUUUCUCAGCUUCAAAGGAAGCAUCCCUGUAACACAUCUCAGCAGCCGAUCCCCCACAAAAGGCGACCAGUUGAAAGCCAGUAUCCUCUAUAUACAUCCAACAACAAAGGCAGUUGUCCUGACAACACUACCCCACAUUUUGGAUUAUGGAGGAGUGCCCCAGAAUACAGCCCUAACACAAUAUGACAAAGGGGACAUAGUUGAAGAAGCCAGGGUCCUGUACACAGACCUUAAAAGGGGAGUCUACUUCAGGGUAGAGGAUGGAGUUACUGCCCUUGCUAGUCCAAAAAACCUAUCUGAUGAAAAAAAUUCUGAUAUGAAGGUCAACUUUAAGCGUGGGACUGUUCAUAGGUGUCGUGUUUUAGGAGUAGACUGGAUGGACAAUGUAGUUCAUGUAGGCCUGAAAAAGAGUUUGUUUUCAAAGUCUUUUCUUAGCUUGAAAAGUCUGCACCCUGGAGAUUUACUUGAGUGUGAGGUUGUGGAAUUGAGAGAUAAAGGUGCCAUAGUUAAGGCUGGCAAUAUAUCAGGAAUCAUUCCCAGCAUGCAUCUAGCAGAUAUACCACUAAAAAUGCCAGAAAAGAAGUUCACUUCUGGGUGUAAAAUAAAAUGCCGGAUAUUGAAAAAUGAUCUGGUUAAGAAAAGCCUUGUUUUAACAGCCAAAAAAUCUUUGAUCCACACCCAGCUUCCUUUGUUAACUGAUUUUGCACAGCUUGAAAAGGGUCUGCAAGUGGAGGGAUACAUCAUAAAAACAUACAGUAAAGGAGUCCUGGUGGGAUUCUAUGACAAUGUCAAGGGAUUUGUUCCUAAGAAGGAGUUAAGCACUGAAGAAAUUUCUCACCCAGAGAAAGUGUUUUAUACUGGACAAGUUGUCAAGUGUCUCGUUCUGGACUGGAACACUGAAAAAGGAACCUUAACUCUGUCAUUCAAGUCUGAUGACUGGGAACAGCAUGGAUCCAGACUGGCAGAUGUACCUGAAGACUUUCAAAUUGGCAAGACUGUAGAUUGUAAGGUGAGGCAGAAAAGCAAGACAGGAUUGGAUGUUGUCAUAGGUACCUCAGGAGUGUCAGCAUUUUUACCCAGAAUUCAUCUCUCUGAUUCCAAAGCAACCUGUGACCUUCAGAUGGAGGUCAUAAAACCAGACAGUGUGUUGAGGAAUUGUGUUUACCUAAGUCAUUCUAGUGUCUUAAUAUUAAGUAGAAGAAAAUCAAUCGUGGAUUACUUCAAGGAGAAUGUAGUGGUCACUAACAUCACAGACCUGAAGGAUGGCAUGUUGAUUCCUGGGACAGUCAAGUCUAUUCACCCUCGCUAUGGAAUCUUUGUGGAACUACCAGCAGGCUUGGUUGGGUUAGCCCCUAACAGAUAUGUAUCAGACAGACAGUGGCAGAGAGCCAAGGAACAGUAUUACACUGGUCAAGCGGUCAUUGCUAGAAUACUUCAGACCAAUGCCCAGGACAACAAAUGUUUGGUGUCUCUAAGGAUGCAGGAGUGUUACCAAGGAAACACAGAUGCCAGUAUUGUAGAGGAAUAUUUACUGGCAUUAGACAUCUUGUGUAAACAUGGCGGAAAGACAUCCAUGUUUGCCCCAGACAUUGAGAUUGGUGACAUAUGUACAGCAUUCUAUCUUGGCAGAAGUGAUGACAAAAUUGUCUACAAACUGACUGAUCAUGGUCUCACAGCCAAAUGUCCCCUGGAUCUCAUGGAUGAUGAGGAUGAUGAUAAUAUGAGCUCAGUGGAGGUGGCAGUUCUGAAUUUCAAUACAAAGGACACCAGUGUUGAUGUAGUAUCAAACAAAGAAGUAGUGACAGCUAUCAAAGAGAAAUUACAAACUAAAGGUAAAGUUCACCAGAAAGUGAAAGGAAAAGUUUUACUAAUUUGUGAUGAGGUUACCGUGGUAAUUCUACAGGGGUCACUUAGAGGACAAGUGGCACACAUUCCUACAAAGAAGCAUUUAAAUGAUGUCCUUGGACCUAGUUUUUCUGUAGCACAGCAAUUAACCAUUUCUAUUCAAAAAAUUUUCAAUGGUCACGUUGUGGGUGUUCUGGAUUAUCCCCCCCACAGGCAGACAAACAGACAGACAGUGGACGGUUUGGACUUUGAAAAUGGAAAGUUUAAUCUUGAUCCAGGAAAUGUUGUUGAGGGUCGCCUUCAGAAGCUUAAGAAGAGAUCGGGAAUUUUGGUCAAUUUAGUAGGUGGAGCUAAAGGAAUUGUUUGUUUGACAGACUUAUUUGACGAGUAUCAAAAUGACCCACUGACCUACUUCAAGCAAGGCCAGCAUUUAAAAUGUUAUGUGAUUGAUCUAGGACCAAGACAAACCUAUCAGUUGUCCCUCAGAAAAUCAAGGAUUACCAAUGAUAAGUCAGAUGUCAAAGACCCUGAAGUCCUAGGGGUGAAGUCAAUAAGAGUCGGACAGGUUGUGAGAGGAUACAUUAUAAAGAAGACUAGCUCUGAUAUCUUAGUAAGGAUAGGCAGAGAUCUGUUUGGGACAAUAGAUGGAGCUGAUUUCUCACAAAUAGAUAGGAGAACCAAACGUCUCUUAUUUAAUGGCAAAAUUGUAAUAUCUGCAAAAAUUACUAGUUUGGAAGGUGACAAAGUGAAGAUGAAAUUUUUAUCAUAUAAAAAGGAUGAAACUAAAGGAAAAACAAUAAAAAGGCAGCAUAGUAUGAAUUCUGUAGACAGUGAGGACUCCAGAAAAGUGAACAGUGAGGGAGAUUCAGAGGAUGAAAGUGAAAAACAGCCAAGGAAGAAGAAAACGAAGAAAAUGAGAGAGAACAAUGAAUCUGAUAUUCUAACAGAAGAAUCUCACAACAACACACGAGACAGGCUGAGUGAGCUCCCCAGCCUUAAAAUUGACCAGGCCUUCUCUUGGGAUGCAGACCUGACAUUACCACCAACAGAUGGCGCUGGCAGCAGUAGUGAUGAAACUGACACAGAAGAAAACCUGAGAAAACCACAGAAAAGCAAGAAGGAUAAAAAGAAGGAAGAAUGCAUGUUGUUUGAGUUUGAGAAGAAACAAUUGGAGGGGGUGGUACAGCCAGAGAAGGCUGAUGAUUUUGAGAGACUGGUUCUGCAGUCCCCCGAUAGUUCAUUGGUAUGGAUCAGAUACAUGGCGUAUCAUUUAGAGUCCUCCGAAAUAGAAAAAGCCCAGGCCGUAGCUGAAAGGGCUCUCAAGACCAUAUCAUUCAGAGAGGAACAGGAGAGACUUAAUGUGUGGGUGGCUUAUCUAAAUUUGGAAAAUAUGUAUGGGACACCAGCUCAGCUACAGAAAGUAUUAGAGAGAGCUGUCCAACAGAACGAACCUCUAAAUGUGUACCAGCAGCUAGUCAGCAUCUAUAUCAAGUCAGGAAAACUAGAGGAAGCUGAACAGUUGUACAGCAAGAUGGUUAAAAAACACAGCGCCAAUAAAUCUGUCUGGCUUGGGUUCGGAGAGUUCUUAUUCAGAAACGGACGAGCCGAGUCAGCUCGCAAACUCUUACAGAGGAGCUUAAACUCGUUAGAAAAAAGAGAUCAUGUGGAAACAAUAUCUAAGUUUGCCCAGAUGGAGUUCAAGUAUGGGGAUGCAGAAAGAGGGAAGACUAUGUUUGAGAACAUUUUGGUGAACUACCCAAGGAGAACUGACCUGUGGUCAAUCUAUAUAGAUAUGGUGGUCAAAGUGGGGGACAUUGAAGGGGCCAGACUGCUGUUUGAAAGAGUAAUCAACUUACAAAUGGCUAUGAAGAAAAUGAAGUUCUUUUUCAAGAAAUUUUUGGACUUUGAGGAGAAACAUGGUGAUGAGUUUACAGUGGCAUCUGUGAAACAAAAAGCUCAGGAAUACGUAGACUCACACUGAGCAGUACUCAGUAGUGAUGUGAAUGAUGUGUUCAUGAUAAGAUUCAUUGUCUACAUGUAGUCUAAGAUGUAGAUGUGAGCUUCCAAUUCAUUGUUAGAAAUCAGCUUGGAUGUUCAGAGAUGGCUACCAUAAAACCAUAUGAAAAUCAGUAAUUCAUAGUUCUUAUGGAAGAAUGCCUGCAGAAGUGUGAAAAUUCUAACACUGGAUGACUUAAUUCAUUCAUAUUAAAAAUUUUAUGAGAAUUUUUUAUAAUUAGGAAGUCUUUCUUUCAUUUUUCCUAUAGUUAAAAUAACUUGCUACCUGAUGUCAUGAAUAGUUUAUUAUUUACAGUA